AUGGAGAAGGAGCCACAAGCCUCUUCCCCUAUAAAGGCGAUGCCAAUUCGCCACAUACCACCUCAAAGCCACCUCUUGAGCGAACAAGAGAUGGGGGACUUUGUGAAAGUGGUGGACUUUCACAAAACUGCAGAUUUGGUGAAGAUGGUGUCCAAACCCAGAGACUGGCCGGCUUUUGAGAUUCUGCUUGAAGAAGUGGAAAAGUGCAAGAGGAAAUUUCAGGCGUUCUCCUUAACCCACAUUCCCAGGACAAAGAACACAAAGGCGGACAAGCUAGCACGGAGUGCUCGAGAUCAGCCUUAUGAUGUGUAUUAUAUUAACUCGGUUCCACCGGUUUCGCUUCCCGAACCGGCAUAG